CCAGUGCACUCUAGAAACCCAGCCUGCAUGUAGACAGCCCUGCCUACUGCAGAAGAUGAUUCCUGCCCCGGGUUAAAUGUGCACAACUCGUGGAAAUGCCAGUACCUUCCACCUGAAGGCACUUAGUGGCUAGAAAACCAGCAAUCUACCCCGAAACACACUGUACUAAACACAGCAAGAGACCACAAUGAUUGGACAAAUACCUAUGAAGAUACACUUUGAAAAAGAUGCCAGUUGUUCCAUGGGAUGCACUCUGAGGAUGCAGUUGUUCUAGCCACUGCAGCAAAAUGAGUGCAUUAAGGCCCAUAACCAAGGUGUAGACUAAGAAGUGGAGUCAUGCUUCACACGGCUAUACCAUGCUGGCAGCCAUUCCUGGGUCUGGCUAUGGUGUUACUCUUCAUGGGAUCCACCAUUGGCUGUCCUGCUCGCUGUGAGUGUUCCGCCCAGAACAAAUCUGUUAGCUGCCAUAGAAGACGCUUGCUUGCGAUCCCAGAAGGCAUUCCCAUUGAGACUAAAAUCUUGGACCUGAGCAAAAAUCGACUAAAGAGCAUAAACCCCGAAGAAUUCAUCUCAUAUCCUCUGUUGGAGGAGAUAGACUUGAGUGACAACAUCAUCGCCAAUGUGGAGCCCGGGGCAUUUAACAAUCUCUUUAACCUGCGUUCUCUCCGCCUAAAAGGCAAUCGCCUUAAGUUGGUCCCUUUGGGAGUAUUCACUGGACUGUCCAACCUCACCAAGCUUGACAUUAGUGAGAAUAAGAUUGUCAUUUUGCUGGACUACAUGUUCCAGGAUCUGCAUAACCUGAAGUCUCUAGAAGUAGGGGACAAUGAUUUGGUUUAUAUAUCACACAGAGCCUUCAGCGGACUACUUAGUUUGGAGCAGCUCACCCUGGAGAAGUGCAACUUGACAGCGGUACCAACAGAAGCCCUUUCCCAUCUCCGCAGUCUCAUCACUCUGCAUCUGAAGCAUCUCAAUAUCAACAAUAUGCCUGUGUAUGCCUUUAAAAGAUUGUUCCACCUGAAAACCCUAGAGAUCGACUAUUGGCCUUUGUUGGAUAUAAUGCCAGCCAAUAGCCUCUAUGGUCUCAACCUCACAUCCCUUUCAAUCACUAACACCAACCUGUCCACCGUCCCCUUCCUCGCCUUUAAACACCUUGUAUACCUGACCCACCUUAACCUCUCCUACAAUCCCAUCAGCACUAUUGAAGCAGGCAUGUUCUCUGACCUGAUCCGCCUACAGGAGCUUCAUAUAGUGGGGGCUCAGCUCCGCACUAUUGAGCCUCACUCCUUCCAAGGGCUCCGCUUCCUCCGUGUGCUCAAUGUAUCUCAGAACCUGCUGGAAACAUUGGAAGAGAACGUCUUCUCCUCCCCUAGGGCUUUGGAGGUCCUGAGCAUUAACAACAACCCACUAGCCUGCGACUGCCGACUCCUCUGGCUCCUGCAGCGACAGCCCACCUUGCAGUUUGGGGGCCAACAGCCCAUGUGUGCUGGGCCAGACACCAUUCGUGAGAGGUCAUUUAAGGAUUUCCAUAGCACUGCUCUUUCUUUUUAUUUUACCUGCAAAAAACCCAAAAUCCGUGAAAAGAAAUUACAGCAUCUACUCGUGGACGAAGGACAGACGGUCCAGCUGGAGUGCAAUGCUGAUGGAGAUCCACAGCCCGUAAUUUCUUGGGUGACACCUCGAAGGCGGUUUAUCACCACCAAGUCCAACGGAAGGGCCACUGUGUUGGGUGAUGGCACCUUGGAAAUCCGUUUCGCCCAGGAUCAAGACAGUGGGAUGUACGUUUGCAUCGCUAGCAAUGCUGCUGGGAACGAUACCUUCACAGCGUCUCUCACUGUGAAGGGAUUCACUUCAGACCGCUUCCUUUACGCAAACAGGACCCCUAUGUACAUGACUGACUCCAACGACACCGUUUCCAAUGGCACUAAUGCCAAUACUUUCUCCCUGGACCUAAAAACAAUACUGGUAUCUACAGCCAUGGGCUGUUUCACAUUCCUGGGAGUGGUUUUAUUUUGUUUUCUCCUUCUUUUUGUGUGGAGCCGAGGAAAAGGCAAGCAUAAAAACAGCAUUGACCUUGAGUAUGUUCCCCGAAAAAACAAUGGUGCUGUUGUGGAAGGGGAGGUGGCUGGACCCAGGAGGUUCAACAUGAAAAUGAUAUAAGGGCCCAUCACACACUACUCUCUGUUUUACUGUUGGUCAUGAGUAAGACAUCUGGUAUAGUGAAUCGAUCAUAAGGUUAUCAGGCAGCUUGAUGCAGUUGCCCCUGUGUCAAAGCAGGGUCCAUGGAAGCAGAAAGACUUCUCAUGGAGACCGGCCGAUUAGAGGCAGGCAGGCAUGUGUCAGAGCCCUUCACACAGUGGGAUACUAAUUGUUUGCAUUGCAAAUAUUGGCGUUCUGGGGAUCUCAGUAAUGAACCUGAACUUUUGGCUCAUGCUGAUGGACAAUAAUCCAACAUUUUCUACCACUGCAAAUAUAAAAGAAAAAAAUUAAAAAGAACAACCUACAGUGUAGGAUUUACAUAUUAAAAAGACACAUUUGUCUAAAACAUACUCUACAGCAAAAUUUGUAUUUAUUAUCAUUUGUUAAAUCCUUGCAUCAUACAAUACUGUUGGUUCAGCACCAAAAAGAGAUCAAUAUAUUCUUUUUUUGAAACAUAUAUGCUGUAUAUGUUUUAAAGCAAUAUGAAUGAGAGGUUGUGCUUUUAGUUACUCACCAGUGUAGAUCCAAGUGUGGUCUCACCUUCCUUUUACCCACAGAUAAACCUGAGAAUAGAUCCCUGGAAUAAUAGACAGAGAUGUGUUGAGAUGUGUAUGUCUGGUGUAGGAUGCCAAGAAACAAGACCCAAGUUAAAACUGCUCUACUCUGUUAACUUCUGUUACUAUAAAUAAAGGCAUGUGCCUAGUUUUGAUACAGAAUGGAAUAUUUUUUAUACAUACACUACCAACCUGGACCAGUUUACUGUAACAGAAGCCCUUGGUUUCUCCAGAAGGUGGUACAUCACUAGAUGUACCUGUAGAAUGCAAGGUAGGUGUCACUCAUAAAAGUAAUCCAUGUAGCUACAGCUUAGUUUUACUUUCACCAGUCACUGCUAAUGGGUUAAGGACCAAUGGAAAAGAGAAUAUUGACUAUAUAGAGUUAUUUGGCAAUAUUCACCAAUAGCUAAUAUCAAUAAUUCCGUUGUCUACAAGCUCUCUGAAUAAGGAGGUUUCAGAAGUCAAUAGGAAGUAGUGUGAGACAAGCACAUCACAACAGGGAUUCAGCCAAUGAUCUCUUUCAGAUGUGGUAGCUGCCUGCCAGUUGGCUACAAAUCAAAGGGAACACACAGCACAUGACAUCCCAACUUCUAUCCAAGUACUGUAUACAUAGUUGAACCACAAUUAGGCAACUUCAGGAUAUUUUCCUACUUCCUGAUCAAGAUUUUUAGUUUCAUAUUGACAACUAUACUACAUAGAUAAGAGGAAUACAUUCUGUGUGAAGUAGUGAAAGAAAAACCAACAUAGACCUAAAAAACAAUGUUCUGUUCCUUCACUGGGGAAGAGCUAAGCUUAUAGUUCUACAAAUAUGGCAUGUUGUGCCAAUUCUUUUACCUUCUUGACCUAAGCAUAUUUGCCUAAUUAAGCCAGUAUUAAUGUUACCACUCCAAAACAAAACCAGAAA